AAAUUCUUCACGCGUCGCUGUUCCCUAACGAUUGUUUACAGUUCCUACCGCAGUAGUCUAUUGCUGUGUGUUCUGUUUUCAGCAGUUACAUCAAGAGCUCUUGACGAGACAAGUGUCAUUUAGGUAAGCAAAUUUUAGUUUAGUGUUAUGUCAUGUCGAUUUUGUGAGUUAGUGACAAGAGUGAGAGCGCAGUUUUCAAUUUUUUCCAAUCUAUUGCUUCCAUUCUCAAUGAUCGGAGUUGCAUGAAUGAUUUUUUUUGUCAUCUUUCAUUUUGAAGCAGAGAACAUUUUGUAGUUCACUAAGUUUUUUAAUAUUUAUCUGGACUUCUUUUACGUAAAUGAAACCAAAACAAGUCGAUGUGUCCGAAAGAAAUCUGUCGUUACAUAGUUAGAGUACGUGCGUAUCAUAGAGUUUUCGAAUGAGGCAAAUUUGAAAAUUCUAUGCUGUGCGUUUGGAAAGUUCUGCCCACGGUAACCGCAAAAACGAAAUCAAAAUUAAAUGUUCUGAAGCUUCGUUGUAUCCUAGAGCUCUGGAAGAAAACUAUCGCCGUUUACUAUAUCAAUUAAUUUCGUGACGGAGUGUUUGUAAUUAGGGAAUUACUUUCGUCGAAUAUUAGGUUCAACGUUAUAUAAAUGGGUGGCUUACAUUUCUUCAUAUCUCCAUAUCGUGUACACCUAAGCCACACGUUAAGUCGCUUAAAAGCUUAAAGAUAUCAUUAUCUCUCCUGCUUGCCGUACUGUCAUCGGAUAAAUUUCUGAAUUCCUUGCAAGAGGUACGCUAAAUUUUCCUCUAAUAUUUCAUCACGAGUUUGAAAAUAACUGAGCACAUUAGCUUAAUAAUUGCAUUAAAUCGAUGUAAACACGUAUCGCAAUUAAUUGUCAAGGACAUUUGAAAGCUAAAUUUGAGAUUCCUCUCACAACACCCAAGUUUUUUUUCACUAAUUUCACAGUGUAGCAGUUGUAACUUUGAUAAUUGUAUACCUCCUACAUAUAGGAUGGGUAUCAUGACUUAUUUCAUACUGUUAAAAAUGCUUGUUAUUUCUUGCAAAUCGGUAGGGAAGCUUGUAAUUGGUAGGAAUCAACUCUUACUAUAGCUGAAAACCAUGUAUCAAAAUGGGAAUAGGGGUGUUUACCACAGGAAGUAUUAUCAUGUAGCUCAUAAAUAGAAGGACAGAGGUGAUAAUUGCAGACUUUGGCAUAGAUUUUUUUAAAAUUUUGUUUGCAUUCUUUAGAUAUUAGGUUUCAAAGAUGAAGGUAAAAGGAAUUGUUUUGAUCAGUAAUUACUCUUUUCAGAUGGACAAUAAACAUAUUUAAAAGAGUCUUUCAUGUAGAGGCUGGGUAUAUUUGCCCUCUUCAGAAAUGAGCAAAAAUUUUUAUGACAGGUAAAAUGCUGAUAAUAGAGACUAAGAUUUGCAAAAUCAUUGACUCCUGGGGGGCUGUUUCUUGAAAGACCCAGUAACUUUUAAAGCCUGGAUGGGAGAUUUUUUGUUCUUCAUAUUUCAUUAGCAAUCAAGAUAUUGACAGUUUUGAAAUGUAUACAAUUAAAAUAUCAGGAAGUGAGAUAGAGUAGAGUGGUACCUAAGCUAAAAUCUACAUUCUAUUUUCUUGAAUAAGAUUAAAAAAAUAUUACUUUGGGUCUGUAAAGUUACUGGGACUCUCAAGAAAUGGGCACCUGCUCUGAAAAGAUGUUCUGCUAUACUUUCUUUUUCUGUUGAGAGAGGUUAUUAGUGGGAAAUUUAGGAAAUUUAGGAAAUUUGAUUAUGACAUGUUAACAUAUGUUUUGUUAAAAUAUGUCAGUGACUGAACAGGGAUGUAGAAAUGAUUCACUUUUAAGCAAAUUAUUGAAGCUGUUUGACAAACCCAGAAACUGUUUCCUGAGCUUAGGAGAUGCAUAUUAGAGAUAUGAUAAAUGGCUUAUUAGCCUAUUAGAUCCUAACAUCAGUAUGCAUAUUCUCUAUACUGUUCUCAAUACUUUUCCUUAGGUGCUUUUAGUGAUUGUUUCCUUUUUUCUUGUGACCUUAAUGUGUGAUUCAGGGUGAUAUUGUAAGGAGAAAUUAGAUAUUAGUCACUCUAAGGGGUCAGUGGGUUAGUGUUGUCUCCUUAGUUUGUACAGUAGGCUGCAGAUCCUUGUUUUUCCUGUUUUGACUUAUGAGCUUCAUAUGGGCCAUAAAUUAUUAAAGAAAAACUGCUGUAGGUCUGUUACUUAUAAUACAAAGUCUUGAACUCUGAAGGACUCAACAGAACAUUUGGGGAAAAUAAGUAGGAAGAUAAGGAAAAAAUUCAGACUUAUUCAUACAUCUCUCAGUCAGUACAUGGGCUUUGAUUGGCCAAUCAGUGGGCUGUAUUUUGCUUUGUGGCUUGCUAAAUUCAAAAGUUUGUUUGAAUUGAGAUUUUCCUCCUCUAUUUGAACCCAGAGAUAAAAUAGCUAUCUUCUAACCUUGCUGUCAUGGUUUGUGAUAUAACUUAUUCAACCUUGUAUUUUUUUUGGCUCCAUCCUAAACUUACAGUACAAGGUUAGGUUGUUCAAAGCUGGGUUAAGAUGACCCAGGAUUAGUGUGGAUUAUCUGAUAUCAGGUCUGAAGGCUCUAACAAAAAAUUCAUUAUAAUUCUUCUUGAGUAGAAGUUGAUUAUUGGAUGCUCGAAAAAUAAUAGAGAAAACUAUCCCAAAAUGGAUUCAAAUUUAACCUUGGGUUAGCACUAACUAACCUUUAAACAACCUGAACUUGAUUAGUAAGAGUUAUGUACUAAUGUAACUCCUCAUUGCUUAUUUCUUUCUAGGUUGCAAAAGCUGAAGGUUGUUCAAAAUGCCGUCACGAGAGACAGAGGAAGUUGAUUGGAACAACCAAGACCCAGCAACUGUAGUUUACAUGAUUGGUAUCUAUGGCUGGAGAAAACGCUUCAUCUACUUCCUUAUUUUGGUCUUGUUGGUCAUUACCAUUGUAAAUCUUUCUCUUGUCAUUUGGGUCAUGAGAGUUAUGGACUUCAACCUGGUAAUUGUUUAAGUCUUUUCUUUUAUCUCAACAAUGUUCAAAAAUGUUUUCACAUUUUUUUCUUAAGGAAACCUCCAUGUGGGAAUUUUAUGUCUUAUUGCUUAAAUUUUUUAUAUUUCAUUUAAUUUUUAGGAUGGUAUGGGCAAACUAAGAAUAACUGAUCAAGGGUUGAAACUGUAUGGCGAAGCAGAAUUUGUCAAAGACUUACGUGCAAACAUGAUACGACCAAGACAGGUAAAGUACUUUUGUGUCAAUGAGCCAUGUAGCCAUUGCAUCAGAGUUACUGACAUAUUCCUAAUUUUAACUCUUCACUUUCAGAACUCUGAACUUACUCUUCAGUCCACGGCAAAUGUGACUGUAAAUGCCCGCAACUCAGAUGGAAAUAUUACAGGUCAACUUUUCAUAGGAAAUGAUGAAGUUGUGGCCCGUAACCAGAAGUUUUCUAUAAAGACAGACCAAGGAAAAAAUAUACUCUAUGCUGACAAAGAUAAAAUUGUCUUUGCAGCUGAUAAGUUGGAGUUUUCAAGUAAGUCUGAGGAAACCACUGAACUGUUCUUAGUUUAAGGUUUAGAGAUUAUAUGUUCCAUGGAGGACCUUUGUAAUAUUAGUCUGUAAACUCUUUUGCUUCCAAGAUCUUGUUAGUAAUUCUCCUUACUGAUUGCCUAUCAAUUCUUAUGAUAUUAGUUCAAUGAAUAUGGUAUUGGAUCAACUAAUGAUCCCCUAAUUGAUAUUUACCUUUAUUCUCAUCACUUGUCUGCUUGAUAUUGUAUCAAUAUUGUAAGGAGAAAUUAUGUCUGGGUCACUUAUAAGAGUUUAAGGGUUAAGAAGAUACUUAAGUUUGUCCUUUCACAUUAUUCUUGCAUGAACAUUUGAAGCAACAGAGCCCUUUCUUUGAUCAUUAGCCUAGGUUUCUUGGCUUGUAACAGAUCAUUUUGAAUAUGACCCUCUAAAAUAGGUAAUAAAAAAAGUGAUAAAUGAAUUGGAAUUUAGUGAUGGGGUUUGUAGGGCCUGGUUCUUUCAUGACAGUUUCCAGGGUGUUACUGGAUUUUUGAUGGUUGGGUUUUGUGGAGGGAGGAAAACUGAAGGAGUGGGGAGAAAGCCUGUAAGUAAGGAGGUCACCAACAACAAACUUAAUCUACUUGUGAUGUUAGGUGCAGGAAUGGGACAUGAGUCACAGGGAUGACAGAUGAGUACUCUUGCCUCUGCACAUAUUGCUCCUCCCAAAAAAAUUAAGGAAAAAAGUAGGCAUGUUCACAAUUUUAUAACAUAGAUAUUCUUUUGAUGCUUUAGGUCCAAAUGGAGCUCAUUUCAGUGGUUCAGUUGAGACUGAGAGUCUUCGGGCCCCUCCCAAGAAAGACCUGCGAUUGGCUUCCUUGACAAGGUCCUUGCACAUGGAUGCUCCAGAUGGCAUGAGCUUUAAAUCUGCAGCUGGCAGUGUAAGAAUUUCAAGCCUACAGGAUGUGACAAUUAAAUCUAUGAGUGGAAAGGUAUAACUACUGACAAAUUUCUUGGUCUUUCAUCUCAUUAAUUAACCAUUUGACCCCAAAGAAUGAUUAGCAGUUAAUUUCUCCUUACAAUAUAACCCCUGAAUCAAACAUGAAGGUCACAAGAAUAAAGGAAUGAAGUUCUUGAUGGUUAAACAAAUUCUCCUAAAGAAGUGUAUGGUGAACAGUAUGGAUAAUAUGCAUACUGAUGUUAGAGUGUAAAGGGUUUGAGUAUUAUUUACUGGUCUCCAUCAACAUGAAGGAAGUUUUUGAAAAUCCGAAAAAACUGAUCUUCCUCUAUUUCCUCUGUAGGUUGUGUUGGAUGCAGAAGAUGUGUCAUUUAAAAAUCUAAAAAUUUACACAGGGUCCGGUGGCUCACCUGCUGCCAAUGCCCGUGAAGUUUGCAUUUGUAAAAAUGGAAAGAUUUUCUUAGCAGCAGCUCAAAGCCAUUGCCAAAGCAGUGCCAGUAUUUGUGAUUAAUGUGUUCUGGAGUAAACUUUUUAUAAUCCAUGUGACUUGCAAAGAGCCUAUGGAUCAUGUCAUGGUGUCUUCCAACGACUUGCCUAAACAUGGCAGGAAGAAUGGUUUAAUUUUGUAUUAAAGCUGGGUUGAUAGCUGUUAUCAGGAUUACACAUAAUAACUGACAUUGUAACAAGGACUCAUUGGAGUCCAAUUCAGGCUGUAAUCAUAUGAGUGAUGGACAAAAUCUAAAAACUGCAAAAAGAAAAAGUGUGUUUUGACAAUCACAAGUCCUGUUUCAAAGUCCUGUUGCAAACUGAUUAAAACUAUAGCAAAGCUUGAGAAACAAAACACCCAUUGGAUGAAAGAAAUCAGAUUUAUAAAUAUAACAGUUGAAUUUUUUGCCAUAAGAAAAUGACUCUAAAAGUCUUUGACUCUUUCACUUCCAAGAUCAUAAAAGAGCUUAUAAGAGCUUCAGAGUUAAAACAGUGUGUACAAGGCAACCAUGUUUUCAAAUUUUGUUAUAGUUUUGAAUAAUCUGGAAACAGUUUUAAGCAUCUAGGUUGGAUGGCUUUGAAGUAUUUGCAAAAGUAUAAUGAUAAAAGCUUUGGGCAUUUUUUCUCUGGCCUCUUUUACCAUAAGACCUUUUCCUGUUAUAAAUAUGUUAGAGCUAAUACUUCAAAGGCAAUUUUUUUAAGAGAAUAUUUUCUAGUGGCAUUUUGAGCCAGGUUUGUUGGUAUAUUUGCAACUUCUUUGUAGCUGCUUGGGUGCCAUUUUGUAAUCAAUAUUACUCACUUUGUGUUAGUGAAAAGGAGAAUUUCAUUAUUUAUCCAACUUUAUUGGUCGAGAUGUGGUAUUUUAUCCUCAGCAUGAUAAAGACUAUGUUUUAAGUGUGCAUCUCUUUUUAAAGAAGAGAGGAAUUGUUUACAUUAAAAGUAAUGUGCAAGGGUACUUCAUCAAAGUUCUGUUAAACCAUUGAUAGCUAAAAAAUGCUUAUUUUUGAAAGUAGUUAUCGGGGUAGUUAUUCUAUUAUUUAUUAGGAUAGAGAUGGUGUGAAAAGUAACUUUGAUUACUUUUAGGCUUCAGUCAUGGAAGUAGAGAAGAUAAUAGUUGUAAAUCUUUGUAACUUUUUGCUAUCUAAUGGCAUUUUCUGUGAAAUAUUUACAGCAAAUGUAUAGUUCUAAAAUACAUAGGAAUUUGCUUAGAAUGUGUGUGUUGAUGUUGUUGUUAGGCCUAUUAAUUUCACGAUGGAAAUAUCUAAGUUCUCCUCCGUGACUGUUUUGUAAUUUUUCUGUAAGGAUUCCUUUAUAGAUUCUUUUGUAAAAUUAUUAUGAAUUUUAUACGGCAUUACCAAAUCCUUUGGCAAUAUUAUUACUUGUUCUUCUUUUAAUCUAUUUCUUGUUUUUCUUUUUCUGUAAUUUCUGCCUGUCUGACAGCGUCUUUUUUAUAGGGAGAAUUAUA